CAAGGCGAACACAAGUGUUCAUUGACGUGCGUCAGCUGUGAGCGAGAGUUGAUGGUGAAAACUAGACACGAGUGUGUCUGGUUUUCGCAAAGAGUUGGAUUUUUUUGUGCUAAAUCAAUAAAAAUGUGAGAAAUUUCUAAGAAUGAAACAUCCAGGCGAGGUUGAACGACUACAAGAAGGAUCGGAAAUUAUCUAUCAUGUUUUAUAUGAUGAUGAGGAUGAAUUACAAGACGAUCCUUCUUGUGUUGACUAUCACUGUAAUUAAUUAUAUAUUUACAUCAUGGAACAACUGCGGGAGCAAUAUUCUCAACAGAACGAAGGUUCGUAGGGAUCGUCUUAUUAGUGAAUCUGGGUAUCAGGAAAUUGAUUGUAAUAUUAAUGGAGAGUACUUAAUAGGUUGUAGGAGAGAAGGGGAUGAAGUUUACAUCCCAUUUUCAUUUAUUCAUAAGUACUUCGAGGUUUAUGGCAAGCUUGCUACUUACGAUGGAUUGGAGAGAUUCGAAUGGUUACACAGUUACUCUAAAAUAGUAAGACCCAAAUCUAAAUAUGAUCCUCGUGGUGUAUUCAUGACCUUUGAGAAUUACAAUGUAGAAGUACGUGAACGAGUCAAGUGUGUAAGUGGAAGUGAUGGAGUUCCUAUGUCAACACAAUGGGAAAGUCAGGGGUAUUAUUAUCCAACACAAAUAGCUCAAUUUGCCUUAUCGCAUUAUAGUAAAAAUCUAACUGAACCAGAACCACAUAGGAAAAUAAUUGAAGAUGCUGAUAAAGUGAAGCAAGAGUGGACUGUGCCACAAGGAUCAGUAAUGAAGAGAAGUUAUGAUACACAGACAAAUUCUCAUGUGUUAAGGUUUGCAACACCAGAAACUAGUUCAUCAGGAAUAUCUUUACCUUUGGAUCAUGUUUUAUCAUUUGUAUUGAAGUUGGAUCUUAGCAUAAAAGACAAUGGAAGUAUUACAGUUGUAAUGCAGCAUCGAGAGAGGAAAGACUCUUAUUUUCUUCAUUACACGACAAGUAGUAUUAUCCUUCACACGAACAACAAUCACAUUUAUUACGGAAUAGGGCAAACUAAUAAUCAGUGGAGACGAUUAACUCGAGAUUUAGUGGUAGAUUUACAAAAGGGUUUAAGUAUAAAUGAGAAAGGGAAGAAAAAAAUGUCUAGAAGUAAAUUAAAAGUAAUAAAAAUUCUCCUUUAUGGCUCUGGGAGGAUUGAUAAUGUGACUUUAUCUACCAGUGAACAUAUGGAACAAUUUUAUGAUGCUGCAAAAUGGUUUGUAGUGAACCAAAACGUGACAUCGGGCGGAUGGCCUAAUCCCGUGAGGCGAAAAGUUGCCAGUAAUAUGGAGAUCUUAGAGCCUGGAUGGUACUCAGCAAUGGGUCAAGGACACGCUAUAUCUGUGUUAGCACGAGCCUAUUAUCACUCGGGUGAUGAGAAGUACUUACAGGCAGCUGUGAGAGGUCUAAAACCCUUCAGAAUUCCAUCUGAGAAAGGCGGAGUUGCUGCUUACUUCCUGGAUAAAUUUGUAUGGUAUGAGGAAUAUCCAACGACACCUUCUUCAUUCAUUCUCAAUGGGUUUAUUUACUCUCUCAUCGGACUCUAUGAUCUUAAGUGUAUUGCAAGCAGCAAAGAUGCAGAUGAAGCUAAAGAACUUUUUGAUAAAGGAAUGAUAUCUUUAAAAAAUAUGUUGACACUUUUUGAUACUGGCUCUGGCACUACUUAUGACUUACGUCAUUUUACUUUAAAGAGUGCGCCAAAUUUAGCGCGAUGGGAUUAUCAUUCUACGCACAUUAAUCAAUUACUCCUUCUUAAUACUAUUGAUAAUGAUGAAAUUUUUAUGAAUACUGCUGAAAGAUGGAUUGGUUACAUGAAUGGUAAAAAAGCCGCACAUAAUUGAUAAUAUUGUGAAACGAAGUGAAUAGCAACAAUAAUCGCAUGGAUUAUAUUUUCGGGUUAUUAAAUUUUUGGAUCAUGAACUGAAUAAUUUGUAAAUGUUUAGGAUAAUUGUGAAAGUGGAUGAUAACAAAAUUAUUAUUUCUAUUCACUCCAUUUUACUAUUGUGAAAAUGAGUUUUAGAGCUUCGAUUUUUACCAUUUUCUAUUUUUAAAAUUGUGGUAUAUCUAAUGCCAAUUUAUCAAGCCCGUACUCUAUCUCCACUCUUUUUAUUCUCCGGAGAAUCGGGAUAUCUUUGAUAGAAGAAUAUGAAUAAUCUACUAUUGAUUUAUUAUGACGCAAAUGCGUAUUAUAUUGGACAUUGACGAUAAAUUUUUAGUACCUAAAAAAAAAGAGAAAAUGAAAAAUAAAAAAAAAAAAGUACGGCUCGUCCGUUCAGUGCCAGAAUUUUUCUAAAACUACUACUGCGGCAAAGAACGAAACGAAAAUAUUUAUUUGUCAAAUCAAUACAAUUCUGAAGCAGAAAAGGGGAAUAAGUUGUAUGGUAAAGUUUAGUUAGAGAGUUUAAAAAUUGUUUCAUUAUUGUGUUAUAUUUAUUUACUACAAAGUAACUCUAUGAAAAGUUUCCCAGUGAUAACGAUAUUUAUUAUUUAUUUUAGUAGAUAUUUUUAUUGAGUUCAAUUCGCAUUUGAGUUUAAAAACUAUCUUUAUUAAAAUUUUUCUUCCAUGUUAUUAUUUAAAGCUAACUUUUUAAACAUGAAUUUUAAAGAGGAUUAUAUAUUACGUCAGCACUUAUGAAUAUUUAGUGUUAUCGUAGAGUUGUUGAUUUUUAUUAAUUUAUUCUUCUUUUUUCGCUUCAAAACAAAUUUAUUGAAUUGAAGAGGACCAUUUCCUCAUGUGAGAAAAUUUUUUUUGCAUCACUUCAUUUAAGAUCUAAGCUGAGAAUAUAAAUACUAAACUUAUUUAUAAAUCUAAAUAGAUUUUUUAACAAAUGCUUUUAUUUCUAAUAGAAAAAAAAAACAAAAUGCUUGUUAGAAACUAGAGUAUUUCUAUCCGAGAAAAGAAGCUUAGUGGAACAGGGUAGCGCAUAUUGUAAUGGUGAUAAUAGUAAACAAUAUUAACUAUAAUAUUUUUUUAGAGUUGGAAAAUACCUAAAAAGCUCAUAAAUGAUAACCUUAUAAAGAAAAAUAAUGAUGAAAUAACAUUUGUUAAAACUACAAGUUUUUUAUUGAUUGUGAGCUCGACGAAUUGUGAAUUUAAGUACAUUCCGUUAUAUUUAUAGCCAUGUAUGUGGCUUAAUGAAAUUUAUUUAUAUUGAAAGAUAUAACUUAUUAAUAUAAUUUAUAAAUUAUAAAUAAUUUUACAGCAUUAAUAACGAAUAUUCAAUAUUUAUUAUAGAACGAAAAACAAUAAUGAUAAUAACGAUAUCUGAUGGCAUAAUUAAAAAAAGUCGAGACUAUAUCGAUUGAAAAUAGUGUCAAUAAUAAAAAGAAUUUAAUGAAAAUCAUUAGAUUUUUGUCAGUUUGUCUCAGGAUUUUACAUUUUGAACUCAUUAAUGAGUUAAAAAUAUUAAUAUAAAUAUGUAGAUAGUUUUAAAUACUUAUAUAAUUAUGACAAUAUUGAAUGAAGACAAAUUUUCAUAAGGUGUCAAGGACUAAAGCAAGACAAAUUCUUUUGUCCUAAUUUAUGAUUAAAUCAUCAAUUAUGAAUUUCGUAAUUAAUAUAAUUAUUAUUAAUUAGGACUUUUGCGCUUGCUAGUAUAAAUUUAUAAAAAUUAGUAUUUUGCCUCAAUUAUCUGAUGUAAGAGAAUGAAAGAAUGACAAUUAGUGAAAAAUAAGAAAAAGGAACGAUUGUGAAUGAAGUUUACAUGAUUCAUUAGUUAAGAAAAUUCUAUUUCUAAUUUAUAAUUUUUGUAAAGAAUAACAUACUUUGGUAAUUGUGUCGAUAAAUUCACACACAAUAUUCAUUUUCAUAUUUCAAUUUUAAAAUCAUUAAAGGUGUGAGGAUUCAUCUGUACUAUUACCAAUACUUUUUCAUGAAAGACAACACAUAUUUAGAUAAAUUCCUGUAGAAGACGAGCUAUAUUUAACUACUUUACAAUUAGUUGUCAAGAUAAAACUAGUGCUAUCAUUAUAUACCUGCAGUCAUGGUCAACAGAUUAUGUUAAAUGCUUUGAAUGCUUGUGAUUCACUAUUAAUUCAUUGUAACAUCAUUCAAUAUUUCUUAUUUUUAUUUUAAUUCAUAAAAUGGCCUGCUUGAAUAUAAACAUUAACUUCAAUACAAUAUAUUGUAGUUAAAAAAAAUGGUGUACUUAAAUAAUUAACUUUCGGACAGUUUUAUUGGUAUUAAAAAAAAAUUCUGUGAUAAUAAAUCAUGUGCGAGCAUUCAAAGUAAAUGAAUUGUGGCUUGGUUUGUUUUUACUGAUACUACAACGUAUCGUAGAAGAUUAUCAGUCGAUGAUUUAUUUCGACCAAUGCUGUAAAUUCUGGAAGGCUUAUAAAUAGUUAUAUUGAACUAUUUAUUGAACCUUGUAAAUCAUACGCUUAGCAAAUGCUGCUUUGUGGUGUAGUAAAAUGCCAACUUAGAUACCUAUAUUUAUCGUAAAGUGUAUACUGUAAACAUCUAAAAACUUGUCUAAUUAUUUUCGCUACUGAAUAUAUAUGGAGAGAGUAAUUUAAAUAAAGAAAAAUCGCUCAUACUUGAUUGAGAGAGUGCAAAAUAAGUGAUAAA